UUUUUGAAUAAGCAAUAGUCGAAAAUGGCCACUUUGAGCGUUAAGUUAUUGGAAGAACUCGUCACUUGUAACAUUUGCUUAAACCAAUACGAUGAGAGAAUUAGGAAACCCAAAUUUCUGCAGUGCAGCCACACCAUUUGUCUCGAAUGCUUCCAGGCGAUACGUAAUAGGUACACUAUCGCAUGCCCUUUCUGUCGGACAUCCACAUCGAAUGGCCAUAUCUAUGAAAUCGAAUGGAUUCUACCCACCAACCAAUACGCUCUGGAUAUUCUCAGAUUGAUGAGAACUGCAUUAAAGGUGGAAGAGGAUAAUCAAUUUAUAGCUGCACUAGCCAUGAGGUAUUGUAGAGAGAUGGAGGAAGCCUUGAAUGAAGAGAGCAUAUUGGACCAGGAGCAAGAACAAGAGGCCGAAACCGAUUCGUGUGAUACGAACAAUUCCGAGACGUUCGAUCAGGAACUAAAAUAUGUAACUGAAAAACCUAUUUCGGAUUCUAUUUUCACCUUGGUUUUUUCCCGAUUAUACUAUGCCCUUAUUUUACUAUUUUGCAUAUUGUUGAUUUUAUUUUUCUACAGUCUUCUUUUUAUAUUUGCAAGCGUAUUUCUUUGUGAUCACAGUGGAAUUUGUAGUGAUCUCGUCGUGUGGUUUAUCCAACACUUUUUAGAAUGGAGCGAUCUACUUACCCCAAUGUUAUGAAGAAUUUUAGUAGUAUAAGAAUAAUAAUAUCAGUUAACACCAGUAAGUGAUACUUUUGGUGAAGUAACCUUUGGAACUCUUGUUUGCUUUGUGCUAGAAAGCAACAAAAUUGGUUGUCAUUUUGUUUCUGAA